AUGGGUGAAGGAGGCGAUGGAUCGCCGAGUCAGGCGCCAGAUGUAAAUGGGUCGGGAAGAAACGGGUCGGAGGGGAACGGAUCAGCACAAGAGAGGCCAGUCGUUUCGCAGGCGUUAGAGCGGGAAGAGAAGCAAGCGUUAGAGCGGGAAGAGAAGCAAGCGUCGGGUGACAAGGAGGACACGCAAGGUUCAGGGGAAGCCGUGAAGCGGACAGAGCUGGCAGAGCGGGCGGAGCAGGAAGCAGGUGACGCUGCAGUGCGGACGGACAGUCACGGCGACCGACCGACGGAGGCUGCUGCUGCUGCAGCUGGCGAUGCUCGCGCCGCUUCUGAGUCGCCUCGAAAGCCCGCUGCUGCUGCUUCUGUUGACGCUGCUGCUGGCGACGCUCAAGCGGUGCCGGUCACCGCUGAAGCAGGCGGUGCGGCGGGCGCUCAGGGGAUUACCGCCCAUGCUGUCAUGUCGCAGCUGGCGGACAUGCGGGGCAUGAUAGCGCGCCUCAGCCGCGAGAACGAGUCUCUGCGCGCCAUAGUGGCGCUGCAGCUCUCCCCGCAUGGGGGGAACGGCCCCUCCGCGCUUGGGGGGAACGGCGCCUCCGCGCAUGGCGGGAACGCCCCCCUUGCGAACCCAGAGAAUGCGGGAAAAGGGGAUGCAGGUGGCGCACACAGCGGGCGUGCAGCGGCGGGCACGGGCGGAGGGGAGGGCGAGAGGGCAGGGGGAGGGGGAACGAGCUCAGGUGGAGGCGCAGGGGCGGGGGCGGGAGCGGGGGGGCUGAGUGCAGACGUGCUGGCGGCGAUGAUGGCGGGAGGUGCAGGGGGGGCGGGCGAGGGGGGCGCGGAGUGGGUGCGCGCGCAGCAGAUGCAGAUGCUGGCGCUGCUGCCCUACCACGCCGCUGCUGCCCAGGUGAGCGCCGCUGCAGGGGAAGGGAGGGGCGACGGGGAUGUGAGAGGUAGGGGAGACGGGGAGGAGGUUGGGGAACGGGGAGGCGGGAGGGCGAUGGGGGCAUGGAUACACCCCCUCCCUCCCCUUGCGCCUCCCACCCACCAUGUGCUGCUGGUCGUCGCCCCUCUUCCUCCUCCCCUGUUCAUACCCAACAACUUUGAUACCCUCACUCCCUCCCUCACUCCCUCCCUCACUCCCUCCCUCACUCCCUCCCUCCCUCCCUCACUCCCUCCCUCACUCCCUCCCUCCCUCCCUCCCUCCCUCCCUCCCUCCCUCCCUCCCUCCCUCCUCCCUCCCUCCCUCCCUCCCUCCCUCCCUCCCUCCCUCCCUCCCUCCCUCCCUCCCUCCCUCCCUCCCUCCCUCCCUCCCUCCCUCCCUCCCUCCAUCCAUCCCUUCAUCCAUCCCGCCCGCUCACCCCCCCAUCAGGCCAUGUCGCGCUGGUCCGCCCUCUUCCCCGCCCUCCCCAACCCCUUCCCCUUCCCCUCCUUCCCCACUGCGCCACCCUCCUCCUCCGCCACACCACCUGCCGCGCCCAUGAUGCCUCCGCCCUCGCCGCCCCACCCCCACGCGCCCACCGGGCCUGACAGGGGCAGCAAGGUGGGGAGGCCCGCCUCCCCCCUGCUGCCAGCGCGCUCCCACACCCCCCCUGCGCCCACGCGCGCGCAGCCCCGCGCGUCCGCCCACACGGCCAGCCAGAGGGGGUCGCUCUCCCCCCCCGACUCCGCCUCCCACCAGCGCUGCAGCAUGGGCCGUCCGAUCCGAUCCGUGGGAAUGGACCGCAGCGAUUCAACGAGCGAGAGGGCGGACGAGGGGCAGCAGCAGCGGCGGCGGCGGCGGGGAGGGGACGGGGAAGGGGAAGGGGAAGCGGAGCAGAGAGGCGGGGGAGAGAGGGAGGUGAAGGGCGCGAGGAGGGAAGGGGAGGUGGUAAGUGGGAUGGGCAAGGAUAGUGUAGGCGGGGGCGGGGCAGGCGGGGUGCAGGCGAGCAGGAUGGUUGGCAGUGCAGUGGGUGGGCGGGGGGGUGGGCGGGGGGGAGAAGGUAGUGAUGAGGAUAAUCGCGAUGAGUGUGCUGUGGAGUCGCGCGUGCUUGGUGCUCGGGGCAGGGCGGACGGAGGGGAGGAGCACGGUGAGGGAGUGGGUAGCAGGAGGAGGGGCAGUGGCAAGGACGAGGAGGACGGCGAUUUGGAAAUGGAGGAGGGUGGGCUGGCAAGAGUGAUGGUUGAGCAGAUGGGGGUGGGAAGAGGAGAGGAGGAGGAGGAGGGCGAGAGUGAGCAGAGCAUGGGGGGUGAGAGGGCGUGCAAGAGGCGGCGAGGGGAGGCGAGUACAGGAGGCGAGGAGUGUGUGCGUGGAGUGGCGAGUGGGGGUGGAGUGGCGAGUGGGGGUGGAGUGGCGAGUGGGGGUGGAGUGGCAGAUGCCAUGGACGUGAGUGACGGGGGCAGAGAGCUCGCGCGAGACGGGGGGCGGCAGAAGGAGCAGGAGAUGGCGGGGGGAGGGGAGAGAGCAGACGAGGCAGGCAGGCAGGGGGCCGGAGAGGGCGGCAGCAGCAGUGCUGGUGUUGGUGGUGGAACCCGUGCCCUGCCAAGAAGCCGCUUCUGCUGUGCCGCUGCUCCACCCCCUCUCAAGUGCGAUGAUGGCAGGGCGGGAGCUGCAGAGGAGGGCAUGAAGGGGGCACAGGAGGAAGUGAAGAGCGAGGGUGGGCGCAGCACAGAUGGUGCAGAGGGUGUGCAGCGAGGGGUGGUGGCCCAUGGUGCUGGUGAGUCAAGGGGAACCCCUGAGCGCACCUCUGGCCCGGCCUCCCCGCCUGCUGCUCCCCCGCCUUGUGCUGCUCAUGCCCCUCCUCCGACUGGUGCUGCGUCUGAUGCAGCUACGUUGCCUGCAUGCGACGGUGACGACCUGAGGUCCCGGCAGCAAGGGGGGGGAGAGCAGAUGAGUGAUGGGCAGCAGCAAGCUGAGGCGCAGCAGGGAGUGAUGGUGGCGGCGCAGCAGGGUGCAGGAGUGACGGAGAAUGCCACUGGGGUGGCGAGUCCGGCAGGUAGCACAGGAGGAGUGGGUAGGGAAGAGCAGACAGCAGCAGUGGCUGCUGCAGCAGGGGCGCAGAUGCAGCUGUCUGACGGCGGGCAGUGGCGCAAGUACGGGCAGAAGGUGUCGAAGGGCAACCCGUGUCCGCGCGCCUACUACCGCUGCACCGCCGCCCCCGCGUGCCCGGUGCGCAAGCAGGUGCAGCGCUGUGCGGACGACAUGGCGUUCCUCAUCGUCACGUACGAGGGCACGCACUCGCACGCGCUGGCCCCGCACGCCACGGCCAUGGCCAUGCUCACCUCCUCCGCCUCCCUUGUGUCCUCUGCCGGCGCACAUGCCCCCCUCGCCUCGCCCUCGCUCUUCGCCCCUUCCUCUGCCUCCUCCCCCGCUGCCUUCCCUGGCCACCACGCGUUCCCGCCACCACCGUCGCUGAUGGGAGCAGCAGGUGGGGCGGGAACACCAGGCGGCUCCACUCUCCACACACCCACCGCUGCUGCAGCAGCGGCUGCAUUCCCCAUGGACCCGUCUCUGCUGGCGUCGCCACUUGCCACGCCCACCCUGGCCGGCACACCCUCGUCGCCGUUUGUGACGGCCACGGCUGCCCUGCCCACCGUCACGCUCGACCUCUCCACCUUCCCGCCCCACCAGCUGGCCCAGCUGGGCCUGGGGGUGAGUGCAGCAGGGGGGGGCGCAGGGGGUGCUGCUGGCACUGGUGGUGGUGCUGCUCUCAGUGGCUCAUCUGCACCACCACUUGCUCCGCCAUCCUCCCCACCCGCCCCCUCCGCCCACCCUCCUGUGCUGACUGCACCACCACCCAUGCACCCACCAGCACUGCCAUUCACAGCAGCAGCAUACACGCCCACAGGUGCUGCUGCUCCCACACCUGCCACCACCCCAAGUAACGCCGCCACCACCCCCACCGGCGCCCCCUGGUGGUGGCCUGGAGCCCCCGCCCCCUCCCCUUCCUCCGCACCCGGCCCCCCCGCGGGUGCAUGCGGUGCAGCGCCGUCGUCUGCAGCGUCCACGCCAUCGCCCAUCCACGGCCUGCUGCUCCCCACCCCCCUCCCUGCCUCCGCCAACGCUCCCCCUGCAUCCACCGCUGCACUCUUCUCCCCCCCCCUGCCUGCUGCUGCUGCUACUACUCCUCUUGCGCUCCCGCCCACCCCGCCCUCUGCCGCUUACCCUGCCUCAAGUGGGCUGGCAGCAGCAGCGGAUGAGGCGCCUCCCCUCAUCCACAUUCCCCGGCGCCGCGUGACAGCGGAGAAGAUCACAAGCGACCCCGCCUUCAAGUCCGCCCUCGCCACCUACAUCGCCUCGCUGCUCUCCACCCAGCUCUCUGCUGGCGCUGCUGCUGGCCCCACCCCCGCCGCCACCCCCACUGCUGCUGCCCCUGCUCCUCCUGCUGCCUAUGCGCCCCUAGGUGCUGACGGCAGUGCGGGAGCGGGCACACCAGUGGCAGGCGGCGGUGCAGCCAUCCCGCAGCAGCAGGGAGUAGCACCCGUGCAGCAGCAGCAGCCACACCAGCAGCACUCCAUGUUUCUCUCCUCGCCCUCGUUUGCCUCCUCACUCUUCCCUGUCCUCCCUCCCUCCACUGCUGCCGCACAUGCCCCUGCCGCCUGGCCCUUCACCCCAUCAGCCUCCCACUCUGCCGCUGCACCAGCAGCAGCAACAGCAAGUCCAAGUCAAGCGAUGCCGACAGCACAGCACCAAGGUGCUGCAGUGCCGCACCAAGUGGCGGCACCCAGUGGGCUGCUGCUGUCACCAGGCGCCUCCGCAUCACUGCUGCCGUCCCCCCUCGCUGCCCCCAUGACCCCAGCGCCCUCCCCCCUUGGCUUCUCGCACCUCUUUCAACCGCCCUCCACCACUCCUCUCGACCUCUUCCCGCAGGUACCACUCGCUUGCAUCCCCUGA